UGUCGCAGAAAGCAAAUCGGGACUGGAACCUCAGGUGGCAUGAGCUUUUUCUGCCAAAAAUGUGGGAGGUCGUGCCGCUCACGCAUCGGCCUCCACAGUCACCAAACCCGUUGUCUAAACAGCAAUGCUUAAAUCGUCUGCAAUAGACGCAAAGGCCUGUGAUGAUGAUGAUGAUAGCGUUCUUCUCCUAGUGAGUAUUAUAUUCUUUGGUACUAAGUCAAUGAUCCACUGGUGACAGGCGAUAUAAAUGCGAUCGUGCAACGGCCCAACAUAUAUAAUUAGUCCUUAAUUCCUAUAAAUGUGGUAAUAUCUGAACGCACCCGUAGUCAUUUUGACAGUUUCAUAAUCGUAGCGUUUCAUUCUACGUUAUAUCUUUUGUAUAAUUGCUAAAUUUACUGCCUUAACUUGAUUUAUCAUUAAUUAUUCUAUAAAAUGUAAAUAAAGUAAUUGUAUAAAAUAUUAUUUUUAAGUGUGAUGUAUUGUUUUAGGUAUAGUAUCAUUGGCUUGAUUAUAAAAUUUUCAAGUCAAGCGCAUUCACAUAGCGUAGAACGGAGUUUGUCUUUCUUUCGAGACUCGCACGAAAUGCUUAUUGAAUUUUAGAAAUAAUAAUUAAAUACUACAUAUUAAUCAAAUAAGUCGUAUAAACCAUACUUGCCAUUUGGAAAUGAACGAAUUAUUCUAUUAGUUUCCAAAAUUUUGAUGUUGUUCUUUCGGUUUUCAUAUUAAAUAAUACAAUAUAAACAUUGUAUCCCAUCGAUGGACUUUAGAAUCGAUAACCCAAUUUCGCCGUAGAUUUUAUUAAAAGUGGCUUUAGUAAAGGCACAUAGAUGUUGGGAAACUUGUGUUGAUAGUGUUGAGGUGUCGUGCAGGUGGUGAUCAUGUUGUUCACACCAAUUUAUAUAGCAAUGACCUUUAUAAAAUCUUGGCGCAUCAGAUCAUUCCGAGCGCGGCUCCUGGAGUUCCUGAGUGGGAAUACAAGUGUUGCGUUUUGCAAAGUGCCUGAGAAUGCUGCAGAAACACCUACCUUAAGUUCCAAGCUUUGCACAAAUCCGAAGAAUGCAUACUUAUGUGACUUGCUAGAUUACACAAAUGCAACCAGGAUAUGCAGUAUGAAGCCGGCUCAGUGUAUUGAGAUCAGUGACUGGGUGACAUGUGCGGGAGGGCUGCCUCUGGGCUCUGAUGAGCAGUCUCCCAUCACUGAAUUUGAUGUUGAAGUGUUAUUGGAGUGUGAAAUGGAGCCACAUGAUUUAAGUGCAAAUCAUUUAAUAAUGCUGGACUCUAUGGGCUUACCAGUGGCGUGGAAAGCCAGCUCUCAUUUAGCCAUAGUACUCAAAACAAACAUAGAGAAUCUCAGUGCAGCCGGAUUUCAUUUUGUUGGUAGUGAUGAGUUUUUAAUUGAUCACAAACUGCCAGUAGUAAGGAUACAGACUGUAAAGCUUACAGGGGAACCAAAUAAAGCUACUGAUGCCUCAAUGAGAAGUCUCAGAAGUGACAUUCAACAUGGUUUAAAAAACCCGCCUGGGGAAUUCCAUUGGCCUGUGCAUGCAGCUCUGCUCAGAAAACUGUCCAAAGUAGUUGAUGUUAAGUCUGAAUGUAAUAGUACCGUCAUAGAAAUGAAUGGUGGCAGCAGUAACAUGGUCGAUACCACAACAAUGAAUAAAAAAACUGUGUCUCUAGCAGAUGUAAGUGUCAACACCACAAAAUCCCUCACAGAAGAAGACGAAAAAGACACUUUAGCGGCGGAACCAAUUAAAACCCCAAAUAAAUCUCCAGAACGUAAAACAAAGCCACAAGAAGAGAUUGUUGUUGAAAAUGUAACAGUGGAAAUUCAACACAAUAUAACACCUAAGAAAUCUAGUCUCAAAUUAGAUCUCAAGAAAGGGACAAGUUGCCUGUCAGCUUCAUUACUCAACAUAUCAAGCCAAAUUAAGUCUGUGACCACACAUAAAAGGAUAGUGAGCUCGUCUGGGCCUAAGAAGUCGCAGCCCCAGAUAGAAAGCUGUCCAGUGAAGGAAGAUUCAAAGGGCUCUCCGUCUCAUGGCAUACCAAAGUCUGCCAAAACUUCCCGUCCAUUAGUCAAUACUAAAUCACCAAACAUAUUGAUAUAUUCAGAUAGUAUAGCUGCUAGAGAUAAUUUAGAAGCUUCUCUUAGAAAAGUUUUGGAUGCAGAUAGGUACACGAUAUACUCUGUGACACGAGAUGCGCUGGAGACAGGUGCGUGGCGCGGGCGCUGCGCGUUGGUGGCGGUGGCGGGCUGCGUGGGCCGCGCGGCGCCGCUCCUACUAGCGCACCUGCUGGACGGCGGCCGGCUGCUGGCGCUGUGCUCCGACCUGCUGCACGCCGUGCUGCCCUACUACAAGACUGCCGAGGUUCGUGAGAACGAAGUAGUACAAUUCACAUUUGACAAGUGGAAGUCCGUUAAGAUGAAGCACCACAUAUUCUGCUACCAGGCAUCGCCAGCAAAGAAACAGUUUUCCACGGAAAGCGACAGACAAGCAAGUCAGGAAGCUAAUAUUUAUCGACCGUCCAAAUACACGGGGCACCCGGGCCACGAGCUGGACAUCCAGGUGCUGGCGUCCGAGGAGACGUGGCGCACGCCGUCGCUGCUGCAGGCCACCGACCUCACCAACAGCGGCGUCGCCAUAUUCUCACAGGUGCAGUACUUCAUGUUGUAUAUUGUCCAGCACACGGAGCACCCGGACCUCGAGCUGGACAUCCAGGUGCUGGCGUCCGAGGAGACGUGGCGCACGCCGUCGCUGCUGCAGGCCACCGACCUCACCAACAGCGGCGUCGCCAUAUUCUCACAGGUGCAGUACUUCAUGUUGUAUAUUGUCCAGCACACGGAGCACCCGGACCUCGAGCUGGACAUCCAGGUGCUGGCGUCCGAGGAGACGUGGCGCACGCCGUCGCUGCUGCAGGCCACCGACCUCACCAACAGCGGCGUCGCCAUAUUCUCACAGAUACACCUAGAAGCCGACCCCUGCGACUACCUAGCCGACGAAGGCGUGAAAAGCAACGAGGCUCGCCUGGAGAUCAUCCACAAGAUCCUCGGAGACAUCCUCGACCUCCACGUACGAGACCCGCGCGAGAUCACUCAGCCUGAGUACAGCAGGGGAUUCUUCCUCGGGAACCACGUGCAAAAGUUGGCGCUGGUGGAGGGCUGGUGCGCGGGCAGCGCGCAGCGGCUGCAGGCGCUGCCGGGGCUGGCGCUGCAGUGGUGCCUGCGCGGCGACGCGGAGGCGCGCGCGCCCGCCGCCGACUUCCUGCCCGUGCACGUCUACGAGUGCCCCGACCACUUCUCCACCGUUGAAUACUUCGACAACCUAACAUCGAAAGAGUUGGGGCGACUUGUGAUCUACGCGGACACGCUAACUACCACCAACGCAGUGACCGGCGGGCCUCCAUUAGCGCACGGCGUGGCGGCCGUGGCGCGCCGCCAGACCAUCGGCCGCGGCCGCGGCGGCAACGCCUGGAUCACUGUGCCCGGACAAGCUUGUAUAUCGCUACAGGUGUGGCGCCAGGCAUCACCGACGCUGCCGCUGGUGCAGCACGCGGCCGCGCUGGCCGCCGUGCGCGCCGUCCGCGCGCUGCCCGCGUACGAGCACCUCGACAUAAGAAUAAAAUGGCCGAACGACAUCUACUACGGGCGCGAGGUGAAGAUCGGAGGCACCACCACCAUUGCCAACGUCACCGGAGACAACGUUGUCUGUAACAUUGGCACCGGCGUAAACAUCUCCAACAUAGUCCCAACCACAUGCGUGAACCAAAUAAUCGAGCAACACAACAAGCAACACGGCACCACCCUAGCUCCAAUGACGAUAGAAAAGUUCCUGGCGCGGUACUGCUCGCAGUUAGAAAGGAUAUUGGAGUACAUCGACUCUGACGGCGGCGUGGAUGCCUUCCGAGAACAGUAUUACCAGUACUGGCUGCACGACAACGAGAAGAUCCAGGUCCGUCGCGAAGGCGAGCCGUCCCCGGUGGCCGGCACGGUGGUGGGCGUGGACGCGGCGGGCUGGCUGCGCGUGCUGACGGCCGCCGGCGGCGUGGCCGUGGCGCCCGACGGCAACACCUUCGACCUCAUGGCCGGCCUCGUGGCCCCGCGGCUGUGAACUCUUCAUUAUCUAAUUAUAACGGAAGGCAGAAGCCAAACAUCCUGUUUAGUCGAGGGACACGUUCAUUCUGUUGGUGAGCUCUUCAGCGCAGCGAGGGAGAAAUGUGCCGUCGCGAGAUUUAAGAAUUUCGGGUGGUCGGUUUAAUGUUUUUCACGCCUCAUAUUCCUCAGAAUCAGAUAUUUAUUUACUAAAACAUGGUACAAAAGGCAUAUUUGAGAAAAAAAGAACAAAGACAUGCAAAUAUUUAAAAAAUAAUAAAAUAUGAAAAUUAUUGUUAAACUCGACAUGUGUAGUGCUUUUCUCAAACUUGCAAUGAAAUAAUAGUUAUUAGUUUUACAAGGGGAAAAAGUUGUUGUUUAACCGCUCGUGCUAAUAUAACCGAGCAAGCGAAAGAUUCCAAAAUUGAACCACGAGCGUAACGAGUGUUUCGAGAAGUGGAAUCUUGGGCGUGGCGAGGGUUACUAAGGCAAACUCCCUACCUCCAAGUGAACUUUUUCACCAACACGAGGAAAAUACUAACUAAAUUCUAAAAAAAUGAAAUCAAACCCGAAUGACCGUCAUAAAAAUAUCAAUCAAAAAUCAUCAUGUAAUGACUUUUAAAUGAUGGUUUUUUAUUGAUUUUUUUUUUGUGUGAGUGAGUGAGUUGUUUCCUUAUGUUAGCUGGUAGAAUAAGUCAAUUCUACCAGCUAACAUAAUCAAAUAAAAUAAAAAAUUGCAUCUGAUUACUUUGCCCCACAUGUGAAUAAAAUACAACUUUCUCAUUAGCUUUUAAACAGUCAAGAGGGCCUUUAGCAGUUAGUGUGGUGAAAAAUAAAUCGUUGUCAAUUUGUUUU